CCGUCCGAAGGUGGCAGCACCGGGCCCGCAGUCCUCCACGGUGGGGCUGGCGCUGUGCAGGUCGCCCGCUGGCGGCGUCCGGGGCCCGACGCCGAGCAGGCCGGGAGAGGCGGAGGCCACACCCCGCGGCCCAGGCGCUUCCCGCCGGUGAAUCAUCGCCCGCAGCAGCGGCUCCCGCAGUCCGCUGCAGCACCCCGGGCCCGGCCUCGCCCCAGCCGAGCGCAGCGCCCCGCCUCUCCGCGACCCCUCGCUCCGCGCCGUGCGCCACUCCCGAUCGGCACCAUGGCAGGCAUCGCCAUGAAGCUGGCCAAGGACCGCGAGGCGGCCGAGGGGCUGGGGUCGCACGAGAGAGCCGUCAAGUACCUCAACCAGGACUACGAGGCGCUGCGGAACGAGUGCCUGGAGGCCGGGACGCUCUUCCAGGACCCUUCCUUCCCCGCCCUGCCGUCGUCCCUGGGCUUCAAGGAGUUGGGGCCCUACUCCAGCAAAACUCGGGGCAUCGAGUGGAAGCGGCCCACGGAGAUCUGCGCUGACCCCCAGUUCAUCAUUGGAGGGGCCACCCGCACAGACAUCUGCCAAGGAGCCCUGGGGGACUGCUGGCUGCUGGCUGCCAUUGCCUCCCUCACCUUGAAUGAAGAAAUCCUAGCUCGGGUUGUGCCUCUAGAUCAGAGCUUCCAGGAAAACUACGCAGGCAUCUUCCACUUUCAGUUCUGGCAAUAUGGCGAAUGGGUGGAGGUGGUGGUGGACGACAGGCUGCCCACUAAGGACGGGGAGCUGCUCUUUGUGCACUCAGCAGAGAGGAGCGAGUUCUGGAGUGCCCUGCUGGAGAAGGCCUAUGCCAAGAUCAAUGGGUGCUACGAAGCACUCUCGGGCGGCGCCACCACUGAGGGCUUUGAGGACUUCACGGGAGGCAUUGCUGAGUGGUACGAGCUGAGGAAGCCUCCUCCCAACUUAUUCAAGAUCAUCCAGAAGGCUCUGCAGAAAGGCUCUCUGCUUGGCUGCUCCAUAGACAUCACCAGCGCUGCAGAUUCCGAGGCCGUUACGUACCAGAAGUUGGUGAAAGGACAUGCGUACUCCGUCACUGGAGCGGAGGAGGUUGAAAGCUCAGGAAGCCUGCAGAAAUUGAUCCGAAUCCGGAAUCCCUGGGGAGAAGUGGAGUGGACCGGGAAGUGGAAUGACAACUGCCCCAGCUGGAACACGGUUGACCCAGAUGUGAGAGCGAGUCUAACACAGCGGCAGGAGGACGGGGAAUUCUGGAUGUCCUUCAGUGACUUCCUGAGGCACUAUUCUCGCCUGGAGAUCUGCAACCUGACCCCGGACACUCUCACCUGCGACUCCUACAAGAAGUGGAAACUCAACAAGAUGGAUGGGAACUGGAGGCGAGGCUCCACUGCAGGGGGCUGCAGGAACUACCCAAAUACCUUCUGGAUGAACCCCCAGUACCUAAUCAAGCUGGAGGAGGAAGAUGAAGAUGAUGAGGAUGGGGAGAGGGGCUGUACCUUCCUGGUGGGCCUCAUCCAGAAGCACCGACGGCGGCAGAGGAAGAUGGGCCAGGACAUGCACACCAUUGGCUUUGGCAUCUACGAGGUUCCAGAAGAGCUAAAAGGGCAGACCAACAUCCACCUUGGCAAGAACUUUUUCCUCACAACCCGAGCCAGGGAGCGGUCGGAUACCUUCAUCAACCUCCGGGAGGUGCUCAACCGCUUCAAGCUGCCCCCGGGAGAGUACAUCCUGGUUCCCUCCACCUUCGAGCCCCACAAGGAUGGCGACUUCUGCGUCCGCGUCUUCUCAGAGAAGAAGGCCGACUACGAAGUUGUCGAUGAUGAAAUCGAAGCCAACGUUGAAGAGAUUGAAGCCAAUGAGGAGGACAUUGAUGAUGGGUUCAGAAGGCUGUUCAUUCAGCUGGCAGGGGAGGAUGCGGAGAUCUCUGCCUUUGAGCUGCAGACCAUCUUGAGGAGAGUUCUAGCCAAGCGUAAGUGCCCCUUUGCAAAUCCCUCAUCAUACUCCUCCCCCUGUGGGCACGAGGGGACUCGGGAACUCCUUCCUUCGGGCACACAAAAAAUUUACCGAGAAGCCGACGUUGACAGGUCUGGGACAAUGAACUCCUACGAGAUGCGGAAAGCUCUGGAAGAAGCAGGUUUCAAGCUGCCCUAUCAACUCCACCAAGUCAUUGUUGCCCGGUUUGCCGAUGAGGAACUCAUCAUCGAUUUUAACAGUUUUGUUCGCUGUUUGGUUCGGCUGGAAGUGCUAUUCAAGAUCUUCAAGGAGCUGGAUCCGGAGAACACUGGGACGAUAACGCUUGACCUUAUCUCUUGGCUGAGUUUUACAGUACUCUGAGGUUACACGCCUGAAGACUUCUAAUGGAAGAAAACAGUCAACGCCUGACCUUCUAAACACUUUGUAUCUGGAACUUAAGGGAACAUUUACUUAAUCGGAUGAUUAAAAAAGAAUAUAACCAUCUGAGAUAGAUGAAUUUUCACAUAUCAAAGAUUUGUGUAUCAUUAAGCCAAAUGCAAAUGAAUUGCAUAACCCUUAGGAAGCUCAAAAAAAAGCUUUAUGUUUGUAAAUAGUAUAUACUUUUUAAGUCCACACAUUUUCCUGUUCAUAGCAAUAUUAAAUCAAAAAGGAAUGCAGAGAGGUUUAAAUAACUGGGCAAACAGUAAGUCAAUCUCUGAGGCUACAAGGCCUUGAUACGAACUUUAAAAGAAAUUAAGUUUUAAAACGCAGUGGUGGCAUCUACCACAGCAGCCCAGGGACUGCCACUUGCCCUGAGCAAACUCAGGAAAUGCAAUGAAGCAUCCUGAAGUAGCCUGGUGGAGACAUCUAAAGAAUCCAGGAGCCAAGAGUGGUGACUGGUACAACAACAGGAGUCUGAGACAAGGCCAACCUGAGCAAGACUCUGUCUCAAAAAAUAAAUGUCAAUUUAAAAAAUGCAUCCAUAAUUUGGUUCUAACAAAAGAUGGUUUUUAUACCCUUCAUGAACAGCAAGUCAUUCUUAAACUCAAGUCCUUGACCGUAUUUGGCCUUACACAUUUAAGUCUUAAGUCUUAUGAGUCGUGAGUAGUGAGAGCAUUCUGCUCCUCACCAGUGGAACCAGGUGUCCAGUUUGCAAGAAGAUCAUGAUAAAGGACAAACUGUUGGCUGCCUCGAAUUUUAUGUACUUCACUAACCCCAGGCAUUGUGCAUACUGCUGGGGAAGACAGGACUUAGAAGGUCUUCUUAAACAAGCUGGCUUCUUAAUCUUGAACAAAUGCUAGCAACAGAUUAAACAUAUUGCCUUAUCUCCUUCCAAAUGUACUGUUAAUAAAGGGUUGCAAUGCAGCCACA